AGAAUUGUUUCCGGGGUACUUUUAUAACUUUUACACAUAACACACCGUGCUGUCACCGGGAGAUCUGACCUGUCCCCGGUGCUUCUCUCAUGGCCACCGCGGUGUUAGUAGCCGCUGUUGUCGGCGGCGGGGUCCUGCUCCUCAUGCGCCGCCUGUUCCCCCGGCAACAGAAAGCCUUGAAGCUGCUCCGGUAUUCCGCCGACACUAUGCGGGGAAAGACGGUCAUCGUGACCGGGGCUAACUGCGGGAUCGGGAAGGCCCUGGCCGGGGAGCUGCUGAAACUCCGGGCCCGGGUCAUCAUCGCCUGUCGUGACCUGCAGGGAGCCGAGGAGGCGGCGAAGGACAUUCGGAAACAAGCGGGACCAGAGCAGGGAGAGGUGGUCAUCAAACACCUGGACCUCGCCUCUCUCACAUCAGUCCGGAGGUUUUGUGAGGAAAUUAAAGAGGAGGAAUCCAAGGUUGACGUUCUCAUCAACAAUGCCGGAAUCUACCAGUGUCCCUACACAAAGACCGAGGAUGAUUUUGAGAUGCAGCUCGGUGUGAAUCACCUCGGCCACGUCCUCCUCACCCACCUCCUGCUGGACCUCCUGAAGUCUUCGGCCCCCAGCCGCAUCGUUGUUGUUUCCUCAAAGCUUUACAAGUACGGCCACAUCAACUUUGACGACCUGAACAGUGAGAAUAACUACAAUAAAGCUUUCUGCUACAGUCAGAGCAAGUUGGCCAACCUGCUGUUCACUCUGGAGCUGGCUCGUCAGCUGGAGGGCACGGGGGUCACAGUCAACGCUCUCACCCCCGGCAUCGUGAGGACCAGAUUGGGGAGACACGUUCAAAUCCCUUUCCUUGCAAAGCCGCUUUUCUACCUCGCCUCGCUGAUCUUCUUCAAGAGUCCAUUGGAGGGAGCCCAAACCCCUCUCUAUCUGGCCUGCUCCCCCGAGGUGGAGGGAGUGUCGGGGAAGUGUUUCGCUAACUGUGCGGAGGAGGAGCUGAUGGCCAAGGCUACAGAUGAGCAGGCAGCCAAGAAACUGUGGGACAUAAGCAGGAGGAUGGUCGGGCUCGCUGACUGAGCAGAGUCCCGUACUGCGGACAAAAUACUUAAUCUCAAACGGACGCUGCUGUGCAGGAGAUGGCUUGUGCUAAGACUGAUUUCAUCAAUAAUGGAAUGAUAUGUUGUGCCGAUGAAGUGUGUAAAUGUGUGCAGUGUAGUGGGUAAAACAGAGACUGGAUAAAGUUUCAAUUAAAACAUGUAAACGUGAUGGUUCAAACCAGGAUGCAUCGCUCCCUUAUUUCUUCCACUUGCUCCACCAUAACUUCCCCUGUCUGAAGUUUUCACCAUGCACAUAUGAACAUGUACAAAGUAAAUAGAAACAUCUGGUUAUCAAAGUCUGUGUUCACCGAGAGAAAUGUAGCUGUGGAAACGUUUUUCACACCACAUUUAUCGAAUAAGCAGAAAGCCGUUACCCUGUUACUUAGGUGCAUGUAGGCUACAAGUACAUCCUCAGGAAGUUGUGACAUUAAGGCUUUCUCGAAAUAUAGGAAAAAUACUAAGAGGGCACACAUGGCGCUUCACAGUCAUGGAUAUGUAAAAGUGCAAAGCAAACAUCGAAAAUAUUUCUAAUGUUAAAUAGUAAGCUGUAAGAGCAAACGAGAUCAAUCUUGGUUAUUGAAAAUAAAAUCCAGAUUGCACUCUA